GGCGGGUAUAACACUAUUUGUCUAUCACUUUAUGUGUGUCAAGUGAGGAUUGUGUUUCAUCUUUUUUUUUGUCAUUUACCUGAAUUUGUAUCUGCCGUUAUUAUUUUAUUUUUUUGAAUCGUAGAAUAUAAAUAAGAAAAAAAUGUGAAAGAUUGGAAAGAGACUUGGAAAUGAACUUGGAAAAAACAAUUUGGCAGAAGAAGACAGGAAAUGGCUUGCGCUGUGUGUGAACGAAAAUGACGUGAGAUUCAUUACAUAAGAGAAGGGAGAAAAGAGAGAUAAAGCCGGACUGGAAGAAAAAAAGAGUGUGAGAAAAGACAAAAAAGAAAAAAAAGAAAUAAGAGAAAAAGAAAUAGAAAACUCUCCUAUACACACAUGUCUUGAGUGGAAUCAUCAUGAUGCAAAUUUCCCAAGCUUCUUCAUAGAAAAAAGAAGGUAUAAAAAAAUAGUGUCUGGAACGAAAAGAAGCGAGAAAAAUUGUGUUUAGAGGAAAGUUAUUCUUAAAUUCCUCCAAGACAUCUCUUCCCAACAUCAUGAAACUUGAGAAGAUUUAGUUAAAAGGAAGAAAGAGAAUAACUUUCGAUAAGAGAGAGAGAAAAAAAAUAAAAUCAGGUUCUCUAUAUUAUAUAUAUAUUCUUAUCUAUCAUGCACAGGUAGCGUAUAUAUCUGUUUUUUUCCCUUUUUCAUAAUUUUUUUUUUCUCAUUUAAAUAGAUAUAUAUAUAUUUUUACCCCAUCUAUCGAUAACGAUUUCAUUUCUCCGUGCUCUAAAAUCAGAAAUGAAAAUAAGCCUCCAUUAUAUCUGAUCAGUGAUGCAAGACGGGAAGCGAGACACGCAGGAGAGGAAGAAGUGCAGAGAGGGGCUGUGAGGGAAGAGAUCCUAAGGACGCCGCGGGGUUCCUGUAGGAGAUGAAGACGCCCCAGGAAGAGGAAGAAAAGGCGAAGGUCCUGUUCUAAAACUCUCUCUCUCUCUCUCUCGUAUUCUGAAGAUUUUUUUUUUUUAUCUGACUGCGGGAGGAGGAAAAUAUAGAACGAAACGAGUCAGGGGAAAAAUAAGAGAGGAAAAGAUGUAUAAAGAACUGAAACAGAGGGAUUAAAAAGACCACCGAAAGAAGAAAUGUGGUAAAAAAGGGGAGCAGCUGGAAUCGGAGGCAAACGGUUUGGUUUUAUUUAUUGAAUUCGUCACAACUGAUCAGUUCCAGACAAGAGACAGGAAUAGAAGUGAAUAGAGAAGAAAACGAGAUAAAGAAAAGAAAAUAAGAAAAUUACAUAUACGAAUUACACAGAAAGAGAUAAAGAGAGAUAAAGAAAGAGACUGAAAAAGAACAAUAGCAUAGAUGGGGCGAACAGAAAACAUAAAACACGUCGACCAACUACAUGCUCCGGGAGUAAGUGAAGUGUGGAGUUCAAUCCCGGAGACUUUUCCCACAAGGACUUGCAGCAGCCUCACUUCUCGCGACCAAAUGAAGGGCAGAAAAGGAGACGAAGAAGAACGAAGAGGAAAACAGAAGGGGGGAGAAGGAGGAACGAAAAACGGGCUGAGAAACCUGUGCGUGGAGAAUGACAUGUGUGAAGUGAUAAAAGACGAGAAAUGUAAUGACCAACACAGAAGUGAUAUAUCGCAGUGUAUAUUAGGCAGCCAUCGUGUAGUGUUAAACGAGGUUAAGAGUGAACCUUUGAUGAACAUGACGAAAGUGCUUGGUGCCUCGACCCCGUCACCAUCAUCACCAUCACCACCAUCACCAUCCGUUCACAAUCACAGCCUUUGUUCUCAUAGUGGUGCCGAACCAAGAGCCUCUCACGGAGACGACCUCCUCCUUCAAGCAAGAAAGGGUCGUCCUCAGGAGAGACCUUCGCUUUAUCGUCUCCCUAGUACGACGAGGACGACUACGACUACGACCACGACCUCCUCUCUCUGGUCGUCGACGCUAAUCUUCGUCCUGGUCGUUGGUGUUUUUGUGCCUAAGGCCCUUGCUCUGCCCGCCGUCAUCAGAAUAGGGGCGAUAUUCACCGAGGAUCAAAGGGACUCAGCAACCGAAUUGGCCUUCAAGUACGCAGUCUACCGUAUUAAUAGUGACAAGGUGAUUCUGCCCAACACAACGCUCGUCUUUGAUAUCCAGUAUGUACCCAGAGACGAUUCCUUCCACACGGCAAAGAAAGCCUGCAAGCAGAUCACCUUCGGCGUGCAGGCCAUCUUCGGUCCCUUCGACCCUCUCCUCGGCUCUCACAUCCAGUCCAUCACCGACGCCCUCGACAUCCCGCACCUCGAGGCUCGGCUGGACAUGGAGCCUCAGGAAAAGGAAUUCAGCAUCAACCUCUUCCCUUCCCACGUGUCCCUCAACCAGGCUUAUAAGGACAUGAUACAGUUUCUUAAGUGGAAGAAGAUUGCUAUUAUUUACGAGGAGGAUUUUGGCCUCAUGAAGCUGCAAGAAAUCAUUAGGUCACCGCCAGACAAGAGCAUCGAGAUCUACAUCAGGCAAGGUCAUCCGGAGAACUACAGAGACAUCUUGAAGGAGGUCAAAUAUAAGGAGAUUUUCAGCGUCAUCGUCGACACGCUGCCGGAGAACAUGCAUUUGUUUCUGAGAUGCCUUCUACAGUUACAGAUGAAUGACUAUAGAUAUCAUUAUCUCUUCACAACCUUCGACAUCGAGACCUUUGAUCUCGAGGAUUUCAAGUACAACUUCGUCAACAUGACAGCGUUUAGGGUCGUUGACACCAGCAAUAUUCACGUGAGAAGAACCCUUAGGGACAUGGAGAAGUUUCAGCCCAUCGGCCAUUCCAUCUUGAACAAGUCGACGAUUAUUAAGGCGGAACCAGCCCUGAUCUACGACAGCGUGAACGUCUUCGCCAAGGGACUCCACGCCCUCGAGAGAUCGGCGACCCUCAGUAUCGCUAACCUGUCGUGCGAGUCGGAGAAUCCUUGGGCAGAUGGCUCCUCGCUCUUCAAUUAUAUCAAUGCGGUGGAAUACAACGGGGUGACUGGACCUAUCAAGUUCACCGAGGGAAAGAGAACCAAUUUCAAGUUAGAUAUACUUAAACUUAGAAUGGAAGAAUUAUACAAGGUUGGGGAAUGGACACCCGACGGCCAGAUAAACAUCACAGACCGUCAGGCUUUCUUCGACGGAGGCAAACCCAACAUCACUCUCAAGGUCAUCACGAUUGAGGAAACACCCUUCGUCAUGGUGAAAGAGGGAAACAACGCGACGGGAAACGGCCGCUACGUCGGUUUCUGCGUCGACCUCCUCCGUCACGUGUCGAUGAUGGCCGGAUUCGACUACGAAAUCGUGCUCUCGGGCGACGGCGUCUACGGCCUGAUCGACACCGAGACGGGAGAGUGGAACGGCCUCGUCAGGGGGCUCAUCGACAGGAAAGCUGAUUUGGCAGUGGGCUCAAUGACGAUCAACUAUGCAAGAGAAAGCGUGAUUGACUUCACGAAACCAUUUAUGAAUCUCGGUGUCUCCAUCCUGUUCAAGAUCCCGACGAGCCAGCCGACGCGCCUGUUCUCCUUCAUGAACCCUCUGGCGGUGGAGAUCUGGCUGUACGUCCUGGCUGCCUACGUCCUCGUCUCCUUCACCAUGUUCGUGAUGGCGAGGUUCUCCCCCUACGAGUGGAACAACCCUCACCCUUGUAACACAGAGAACGACGUGGUGGAGAAUCAGUUUAGCCUAAAUAACUCUUUUUGGUUUAUUACGGGCACGCUCCUGCGACAAGGGUCUGGCCUUAACCCGAAGGUGCCACAGCGGGCGCCCCAUCGUCUCUUUAGCUUCAUGAAUCCUCUAGCUAUUGAAAUCUGGCUCUACAUCCUCGCUGCCUAUGUGGUUGUGUCCCUCACCAUCUACAUCGUAGCUCGCUUCUCCCCCUACGAGUGGCAGAACCCUCACCCUUGCUACGACAAUCAUGAGGUUGUGGAAAAUGACUUCACUCUCGGAAACUCCUUCUGGUUCACAAUAGGCACGCUGAUGCAACAGGGCUCUGAUCUUAACCCGAAGGCCGCCUCAACCAGAAUUGUGGGCGGCAUCUGGUGGUUCUUUACUCUCAUCAUUAUAUCGUCGUAUACAGCUAAUCUAGCGGCCUUCCUUACCGUCGAGAGGAUGAUCACGCCCAUUGAAAACAAUAAGAUAAUUUCAACCGCCACCGGGAACGUGAUACAGAGCGCCGAGGACUUAGCUGAUCAGAACGACAUUGAAUACGGGACGCUGGAGGGCGGCUCCACCAUGGCCUUCUUCAGGGACUCGAAGAUUGAGACCUACCAGAAGAUGUGGCGCUACAUGGAGAGUAAGAGGCCGUCCGUGUUCGUCCCGACCAUCGAGGAAGGCGUCAGGAGGGUACUUGAAGGAAACUACGCUUUCCUGAUGGAGUCGACCAUGCUGGACUACACCAUCCAGAGGAACUGCAACCUGACGCAGGUGGGCGGACUCCUCAACUCCAACUCCUACGGGAUCGCCACGCCCAUCGGCUCCCCGUGGCGUGACAAGAUCUCCCUCGCCAUCUUAGAGUUGCAGGAAAAAGGUGUUAUUCAGAUGUUAUACAGCAAGUGGUGGAAGAACACGGGGGAUGUGUGCAACAGGGACGACAAGAACAAGGAUUCGAAGGCUAAUGCACUCGGGGUGGAGAACAUAGGUGGUGUGUUCGUAGUCCUUCUCUGCGGCCUUGCCCUCGCCAUCGUGGUCGCCAUCUUGGAAUUUUGCUGGAAUUCCCGCAAAAACGCGCAGACUGAUCGGCAGUCGUUGUGCUCCGAGAUGGCCGAGGAGCUCCGCUUCGCCAUGCGCUGCCACGGCUCCCGCCAGCGGCCGGCGCUCAAGAGGAACUGCUCGCGCUGCACGCCGGGCACCACCUACGUCCCCGCCGCCACGGACCUGCCGCAGGCCAACGGCGAAAACGGUCUCCUUCCGAUGAUCGAGUUCAGGAAGUCCUCCGUGGUGCAGUUCGACUCCCCGAGCCCCUAGCUACAACUGCAGGCGGUGACGGUGGCAGCAGCAGCGGUCAAGACAGUCCCUUGCCUCCUUCAUCCGUUCGGCUACCGGACCGGAUUCGCGCGCCUGCACUUCCGCGAACGCAGUGUCGACGAACUCGCGCAGGCGGGAAGAGCGGAGAUGGUCCAGCGAUCUAAGAGCAACGGCGUUAUUCUCCUCGUUGUUCGUGCGGGUUUUGAAUGAAUAUCCCCUUCUUUUUAUUCUUUUUCUUUUUCAUCUUCAAAUUCGUCUUUCUAAACCGUCGGUGAACCCGCCUCUGAUUUUAGGAUGCAAGAACGCGACCACGGGACUCGCUUGCAUAGUUCCAUCUGUUAUGGACAUCGAGAGCUGGCGAGUCGACUUGUGUAAAUACUUUCCUCUUCGUCAGACCGUCGCGAAAAUCGGUGUCCUGAACCGCCGUUGCAACAAGUGUCCUAAAACUACAAUGGGUGUCGUAUAUUUGCAAUGCGUGUCCUUGGUGAAACGCCGUGAAUAGCAGUAACUAUCCAUUGAAAAACAGAAUAAGUGUGAGGGUUCUCUGUAGGAAAACAUACGUGAGACAGGUUGACGUGUGCCAAUAAUUUUCGAAGAGUGCCACAAGAAUGUAAAAGAAAAAGAAAAA